AUGAAGGCCUUCAUCUUCUUUCUUCUCCUGGGAAUACAGGGGGCAGCAGCAGUGACCCACUCGCUGAAGUAUUUCCUUACUGGAUCCUCUCAAGUCCCAAACUUCCCAGAGUUUGUGGCUGUUGGGAUGGUUGAUGAUGUUCAGAUUGAUUAUUAUGACAGCAACACGGAGAAAGCUGAGCCCAAACAGGACUGGGUUGCCAGGAACACAGAUCAGCAGUACUGGGAGAGAGAGACUGCAAACUGUUGGGGUUCCCAGCAGUCUUUCAAAGCCAACAUUGACACUGCAAAGCAGCGCUUCAACCAAACUGGAGGUGUUCACAUUGUCCAGCGGAUGUGCGGCUGUGAAUGGGAUGAAGAAACAGGUGAAGUGAAUGGAUAUCACCAAGACGGCUAUGAUGGAGAGGACUUCUUAAGCUUUGACCUGAAGACAGCGACGUGGGUCGCUCCAAAACAACAGGCUCACAGGACAAAGACGAAGUUGGACAGUAACAAAGCUUCGAUCGCACAGUAUAAGUACUACCUCACCCAGAUUUGUCCUGAGUGGCUGAAGACGUAUGUGACCUAUGGGAGGAGCUCUCUGAUGAAAACAGUUCGUCCCUCACUGUCUCUCCUCCAGAAGUCUUCCUCCUCUCCAGUCAGCUGCCACACUACAGGUUUCUAUCCUAACAGAGCCGAGAUGUUCUGGAAAAAAGAUGGAGUGGAGCUUCAUGAGGGUGUGAACAAAGGAGAGAUUCUCACCAACAAUGACGGGACCUUCCAGAUGAGUGUUGACCUGGAUGUCUCAUCAGUGAAAUCUGAAGACUGGCACAGAUACAGAUGUGUGUUUCAGCUCUCUGGUGUGAACGAGGACAUCGUCACCAAACUGGACAAAUCAGAGGUCAAGACCAACAAGGGUAAAAGUGAUGAAGGAAAUUCCUUCUCCCUGAUCAUCCCUGUUGUUGUUGCUGUGGUUGUUGUUGCUGCCAUCGCUGUGAUCGCAUUCUUUAUUUACAAAAAGAGGACAGACAAACGUCCCCCAUCUCCUGCAGAGAGCCAGGAGCAAAUGCUUCCUCAAGCCGAAACCACAAACAGCUCUGCACAUAGUUUGGAGCUGAAAGAAGAUGUGGUUCAGCUCAUUCUUCUCCAUAAACUAGAAUUCAUUGAUUGUUCACAUCAUAAAAUCUGUUUAAAAAAAAAUCUAAAAUAUAGUUGCAGAUGCUGGUUAAUCAAGAAGUUUGAAAAUGAGCUGGCAAAUAUUUAAUAUAAACAUCAUAAUGGUGAAACGAAAUUAUUCUGAAUUUGUUGUUUUCAGUUUAAAAAAGUCUUUCUUUGAAAGAUUUAACAAAGAUGUGACCGCCUGGAGAGACAUGAAACAAUGGAAUCAUCACAGCAGUUGUAGUACAAUCAUAAUUAAGCCUUUGUAUGUUCAUCUUAACUCAAAAAUCCAAUAGUUUAGUUUUUCUGGGGUUUUCUUGUAAAUUGUUGCAUCACUCAUGAAUGCUGAGAUUCCCUCACUCUCAGUGAUAAACGAAUCAUAAUAUUUUUCAAAUUUUGUACAUGUUUACUUAUGUUUUUCGUAAAAUUAGAUUUAAAAGACAAUCUUGUGUUGAAUUCCAGGAGACCUUAAAAGAUUUUUCUGUAUGUCUGAAUUUUUUUCUUAAUUAAUGAAGAUGAUGUUUAUUCUCUGUUGUUUGAUUUAAGACAUGUUUUGAGGGUUUUUUGAUUGUAGAGUUUAGUUUAAGUUGAGAUUCUGGAGGGUUGUGUGGGUUAUGUUUUUAACACAUUGGUAGAUGUGUUUCUGCUUAUAGUUCAGGAUUUUUCAAGGUUUUCCUCAUUUGUCUGUAAACUUUAAAAAAUUAAUUAGUAGAAUAUGUAUCAGUAAAACGGCAUUGCUCUUUCUCUCCUUUUCGUACUUUGGUUGUCAAUAAAGUCCCAAAUAAUCCAAA